UACUAAUGAGUUGGGAAGGGCAAGAAACUGAUAGCCAGCAAAGCGCUAGUGAGAAUAAUACAGAAGGUAGUGCAAGUGAAGAGGAAGGUGCCAAAGCCGUACGUGAAAAAACAAAGUCACGCAAGGUUAAACCAAAAAAGUCCAAAUUUGUUUAUGAAGGGAUGAGUGUUGAGCAGAUGCAGAUUCAUUUGCAAAUAGUUAGAUUAGAGAAUGAGAAAGCUGUUGAACUAAAGAAGUUAGAAAAUGAGAGAGCUGAAAAGGUUAGGAAGGUAGAAGCUGAAGUUGAGCAAAAAAAGAUUGAAGUUGAGCAAAAGAGGAUAGAGCUAGAGAUGAAGAAACUUGAAGUAGAAGAAAAGUCCAGAGAAAUACCAAAAUCUUUUAGAAUAGACAAUGCAGUAAAAAGUGUACCAAUUUUUGUUGAAAAUGAAGUGGAUGCAUUUUUUUUACAAUUUGAGAAAGUGGCAGAACAGCGUGAAUGGCCGAGAACGUCAUGGAGCACGUUGGUUCAAACCUCCUUUCGAGGAAAGGCUAGGGAAGUAUUUGCUGCCUUAUCUUUAGAUGAUUCCAAGGAUUAUGAGAGAGUUAAAUCUGAAGUUUUGAAGGCUUAUGAAUGGGUGCCAGAGAGGUAUAGAGAGAAGUUCAGAAGCUGGAUAAAAAGAGAGAGUCGUACUCAUAUGGAGUAUGCACGGGAACAACGCCUGUGGUAUGAUAGGUGGAUGAAUGCCCGAGAAGUUAAUGGUGAUUUCGGUAAACUUCAGGAACUUAUUUUGCUUGAGCAGUUCAAGGAUGGUAUUAAUCCACUUAUUAAAACAUAUUUGGAUGAACGUGAUGUAGAUAAUGUGGAUGAAGCCACUAGAUUGUCUGAUAAUUAUGCAUUGACCCAUAAGCUAUAUAAUACUGACGUCACUCCUAAAAUUGGAAGGAGCAGAGUUUGGGAAGAGCAGCAAAAUUACAAGGCACAAGGUAAGACUACGAGUUCACAGGUAUCAUCUCGUGGAGUCUAUAAUGAAUCCUUUAAUAGAGGUGGUAGAGGGGCAAGUCAAUAUAAUUCUGGUCCUAAUGUUAGUGCUGGACAAGCAGGAUACAGUGUAAAUGAUCAGUUUACACCUAGUUACCAAAAUAUAGGCGAAAAUUUUAGAGAUUUUGUAUGUUUCAGUUGUGGCAAACCAGGACACAUCAGUAGGAGUUGUCCACAUCGCACAAUAAACCGUCCAAUUCAAGUGGUAAAUAAAGUUAAAGAUAAACCUGUACAUUUUAAGGAUGAUCAUAAACCUGAAAAUACCAUUGCAUUGUUGAAUCAACCACAAGCAUGUGGUGACAGAGAUCCUUGUUUGUUUGCUUCUCCCCUUAGGCCAGGUAAGAGGUAUUGUAACGAUGGCAUCGACAGUAAUAAUAUAUGUGAUGUUGAUGAGAAUAUAGGUUACAAAAUAGGUAACAAUGAUGUUCAAAAUGUUAGUAAUGUUGGUUGUAUUGAGGAUAUUGUAAAAGGAAAUGGAGUGAGACUACCUGAAGAGAAGUCCACAUCCAAAGGUACUGAAUUGUAUGACCCUUUUAUGGGAGAUGGUUGGUUACACCUCCCUUGUGUUGAAAAAAGGAAAGUAAGGUGGUUAAGAGAUACCGGAGCGGUACAGUCUGUAAUGAUAAAAAAUAUGUAUGACCAGUGGAAGGAUACUGGAGAGUAUGUACUUCUGCGUGGGUUUGGACCUGACUUUUCAGCUCCAUUAGUAGAAGUAAGGUUAGAAACUCCGUUAAUUUCGGGAUAUGUUAAAAUUGCUUUGGUGAGAGAAAUCCCAGUGUCAGGAGUAGAGUUAAUUCUUGGAAAUGAUGUAUGUGGAGACAAAGUUUUUGGUAGCAGUAAUCCAAUUUUGACAGAAAAACCCUUUAAUUCUUCAUUUAUUACAGAAGUUGAAUGUACAUUUCCAAACUUAUUUCCUGCUUGUGCAGUUACUACAAGAAGUAAGAGUGCCGAAGGAAAGGUAAAUGAUGACGACGGUUUGGAUUUACAAAACUUGUUUAAAGAUGGUCCGGAAACACUACAAAGCCAAGGAGUGGUCGAACGAUUUCAUCGAACCUUCAAAACCAUGCUUCGCACGUACUGUUGUGAAAAUGAAAAGGAAUGGGAUGUCUACAUACCAAUGUUGCUAUUUGCCAUUCGUGAUAGCGUACAUUCAUCGUUGGGUUAUUCUCCUUUUCAGUUAGUAUAUGUCCAUCAGGUAAGGUCACCCAUGGAGGUGAUAAAGAAUCAGUUGAUUUCAGAUGAGAAGGAUUCUAUCACGUUACAAGAAAUGAAGGAAAAAAUAAAAAAAAUAUGGAAAGUAGCACAUGAGAAUCUUAAAGUAGUACAAGAAGAGAUGAAAAGAAACUACGACAAAAAGGCUGCAAAACGUGAACUCGACAUAGGAGAUAAGGUUCUAGUGUAUCUCCCUACAGCUGGUAAGGUUUUUAACCAGAAGUAUAUAGGACCUUGCACGGUGAAGGAAAAAGUAAGUGAUGUUAAUUAUCGAAUUCAAUUUCCUACAGGACGGAGGAAAGUUAAAACUUUCCAUAUUAACAAAUUAAAGAAGUAUAACGAAUCCAGUGGAGUGUUGUCAAUUGCAAAAGAGGAUGAUGAAAAAGACGUUGAAGAAGAAAUUGAACUUAGAUUAAAAAAUACAGAUUAUUUGAGUGAUGAUGAAAAAUUUAGGAAGUUAUGUAUUCAUUUAUCUGAUGAACAGCAGCAUGAUUUUAAAGUGCUAAUUCAAAACUUUUCAGAUCUAUUUUCAGACCAUCCUAAAAGGAUAAAAGAAGUACAGCAUAAAAUCAGGUUGAGAGAAGAGACGCCAAUAAUCAGCAUCAAUAUAUAA